AUGAGCUACUACCACUACAUUGACGAUGAAACAAUCCUUCCCAAAACAAACUACAACUCUCCCUUCUACUCAUCAGUCCCCUUACAUUCCCAACCAACAGACAUCCUAUCCAAACGGUUCGAACUAUGGAGACAAAUCAUCAAGUCAUUAAUAAACUAUUUCAAAUCAAUAGCAAUUGCAAAUCAACAAUAUAGUAAAAUCAAUGAUAAUUUAAUCCAAACUAUAAACUUCCCCUUCUUCACAAACAUCUUCCCCAAAGUUGGUGGUGUGGCAAUGGAGAAUAACAAGAUAUUCGAACCUCAUGUGGAAGAUUUGAAAAAACAAACAUAUUUUGCCAGUUUUGGAAAUGGUUCAAUCCAGGAUAUUCAAAUAUUGUUGAAGAAGUAUCAUUUGAAUCUGGGUCAACAACAAAGAACUAUCUCAAUUGAGUUGAUAAAUACACUUGUCCCUAGAUUGGAGGAAUUACAAAAAGAUUUAUUCAUCAAGAUUAGAGAGAUUAAGAAUUUGAAUAGUGAUUUUAAAAAUAGCUUAAAUCAAGAAAUUGCCAUCACGGGUCAAUGCUUGAAUGAUUAUAUUGAUGUUGUCAAGAUGUACAAGAAUGGGGUGAUUGAAUCUGGGAGUGGUAAGAAGGAUCCAUAUUUAUUGAGAUUAAAAUUGGAAAUUCAAUUAAAACAACAAUUGUAUCAAGAAAAUUAUCUUGAAGAGGCUUUUAUCAAUUUACAAAUUACUGGGUUGGAAUUGGAGAAGAUUAUUUUCCAAGAGAUUCAAAAUUCUUUGAAUCGUUAUAAUGAAUUAAUUUCUCAAGAGAUUUUUGUCAUGUAUAAUGAUUUGAUUAAUGAAUUACACCAGGGGAUCAUCUCCAAGAAAAAUUUCUUUGAAUGGGAUGAAUCAAUUAAAAAAGAUUCAAGUGCAGAGUUUAAAAAGCAUUUUCUAACCAUUUUACAUGAUGAUCAAUUACCAAUUCCAAGAAAAUUAUCCUCAAUAAAAUAUCCAUAUAAUAAAUCAAUAAUUUCAAAAUGUUUUAGAAGUGGAUAUUUAUUGAAAAAAUCCAAAUUAUUGAAAAAUUAUUCAAAAUCAUUCUUCAUCCUAACAAUUAACUAUCUUCAUGAGUUUAAAUCAUCAAAUUUAAUGGAAUCACCAACCCCAAUAAAUUCAAUAAAUUUAAAUGAUGCCAUAUUAACCGAAUCCAACGAUAUGAAAUUCCAACUACACGUUAAGCAUAUAAUUGGACCAGAUAAUAAGAUCAAGACCCAUAAUUAUGUUUUCAAAAGAAGUUUAAACGAGAUGGAUGAAUAUCAAUUCAAGAAAUGGAUAAUUGAUUUGAAAAAUAUGACAAGUUUUAAUUCGUUCAAUGAAAGAUUUAAAUAUAUUAAUGGGAAAUUAUCAAAUUCAAAUUCAAGAUCAAAUACUCCAAUGUUUGAAAUUUCAAAUCCAAUGGAUAAUAUUGAUAAAGUUAAUGAGAAGUUACAAAAUUUACAAAUUACAUCGAUAACUAAUGAAGCUAAUGAGGGUAGGGAGGGAGAGGAACAACAAGAACAAGAGCAAGAACCAGAACCACAGGCUCCUUCACCAUCACAACUAUCACCAUCACCAAAUGAGCAACAAGACAUCCCACAAAACUUCACCCAAUUUGCCCAAAACAUCAAACCAACCCUUCCAAAACUUUCAUUAUCAUCACUCCCAAAAGUUCAAAUCCAAGAACCAUCACCAAUCCACCCCUCCACUACCACCUCCACCUCUUCAGAAGACCUAAUCAAACUUGCAAUCCAACAUAAUCAACAAGCUAGACCAGCAUCUAUAACUUCAUCCACAAACACAUCCUCAUUAGGCUCCUCUUCGAUAAGUGCAAUCGGUGUGCCUACGUUGACUAAACAAAAGUCUCAUAUAGAUCUAAAUGGUAGUUUGUACAAGGAUGAGGAUAAGAAAGAGGAGGAUGAUGAGUUGAAUAAAGUGUUGGAUGCUUUAAAGAAUGAGGUAUAG